AUGUCUGUCGUCGCAGAAGUGGAUCGAAGCGGGUACCAUCACAAUCACAGCAACAAAAGCCACCAGGAUAGGAAUCAAAGCGGUAGCGAGGCAGUGGAGACAAAACCCCUACAUCCAAAUGUCCAAAUCGCCCCCUCAACAAGUGUGCAGCACUCCGUUUUUCCUUCCUUUAGUGAAAGUGAUACCGGUGCAUCGAUACCUGAAUACACCUUUUAUCAAAAUCAUCAUCAACUCCAUCAGCAUCAGCAGCAAUCGUGGUGCCUUCCAGAAGGGGGGGUUCUCUUCUAUCCACCACAGCCACUGUCGCAGCCACAGAUACAGCUGCAGGCACAUCCACAGCCACCUCCGCACGCGUUACAAACAACAUCAGAGACAAUGCCAUUCUACAGUCAACAAGGAGAACGCACGGAGCCCCCGCAAUGUAUUGAAAGUCGGAUGUCGCAGAGAGGACGGUCCAAGUCUAGUGGAAGUUCUACUGAUGCACCCUGGGAUAUUAAGGACAGUGUUCUGCCCAUGGUAAGCUCCUACGACCCCUACGACCUCUGGCCGGAUGGCAACUGUCGACGGAUUUAUUCUAUGGCAAGUGAGCGAGCCAGGAGACAUCAGAGCGGAUGGGCGAUGCGAAACACCAACAAUCAUAACCCACAAGUCCUCAAAAAGUCGUGCCUCGGUGUGCUUGUCUGCUCCCUUGGCUGCAUCUCCCCCAAUGGUUUGCCUGUUGCAUAUCGACCCGCCAUCUGCGACAAGGCGCGCAAGAAACAGUGCAGGCCGGCUGUGGGUACUAUAGGAGUCAAAAGAUCACGGAAUCUCUUCAACGCCAUUUACGAAAAAAUGGAGAUCAACCGUAGAAGGAUAGAAAAAACAACACUGUCCAAUACUGACGACAGAAAAGAUAAGAAACUUGUGGAUAUCCUUCUCAAAUUCGACCAAAUCGAAGAAGCCAGAGUGCGCAGUUGCACAACUCCCGGAUGCAAGGGUCGACUGGUGCAAAAGAACUGCAAGGGCCACGGCGGCUAUCCAGUGACACAUUUUUGGCGCUUCUGCAACGGAGCAGUCUUCUUUCAGGCCAAAGGUCGUCACGAUCACGUCAAGCCCACGACUAAGGCGCUCAGCUCGGGUGCUGCUGCUGCCGCCGCUGCUACUGGAUCGGGAAAAUCGAUGGUGGAGGAGGUGACUGCGGUGUCACAACGACGUAAAAUUCGCCUGUCCACACCAUCAAAAAUUGUGUCAGUAGGUGGCGAUCAGGACUUUAGAACAAAAAUCGCUCCGACUAUUCAAAACGAGGCAGCCAAACAUGAACCCACCCAUCUCAUCCAAGACUCCUCUUUAGAUUUUCAGCAGCACCAACACCAGCAACAUCAUCAAGCCUCAGAACUUGAAUCGCUGCUACUCCAUCAACAGAACCAGCAACUUCUCUUUCAACCCAUAGAAGAAGCUGUUCAGCCUGAAAUCUUUUUCCAAACCGAACAACGGCAACACUCUUCGCUGGAAUAUUUCAUGUCAAGCGACCAGUCCCUCCUAGAACCGUCGCUAUUCUCUCAUGCCCAGGGUUCCUUCCCAGAGAUUCCACAAUCAGAUGAUCAGUACCCCUACUCUUGGCGUCCACCUGCAGUACAGACCUCAACCGGGGUUGACUUUCUUGAUCACCUACACCUUCAACAGGAGAGUCAUCAACACAUUCAGCAGGAUCAUCAGCAGCAACCCUAUCUGGGAAUGCUGUUUGCUGGCUCCUGUGCUACUUACAAUACAGAUGGAUUUGAACAAUACACAGGAGUACCGGAAAAUAGCGGAAGUACCGACGCAUCUACGCCUGGAGGAGUGGAGGGAGAAGUAAAUCCCUAUCCAGUAGUCUUUGAUCCCUCCUCUGUGGAAUGGUCUACUAGCAUAGUACAGCACACUCAAAAUCAUUAUCAUCACCAUCAGCAGCAACAGCAGCAGGUGGUGGUUGAGGGGACAGCUCAAAUGCAACAGCAGCAACUAGAACAGCAGACAUGGUUUCUCAAUCCCCAUCUACCCUGGAAACCGGUAGUUGAGAGUUGA